AUGAGCAGAAUUCCUUUCGUUAUACGUCCAAAGAAUGCAGCGGCUGACUUGGAAGAUCUGCCUUACAAGUACGUUCCACUCGGCGCUGGACAGAUAAGACUGCUGCACCUCAACCCUGGUCAAGAAGCAGAUCAGCUCAAUGGCGAGCUGAUUGUCAAAAACUUGGAAGAGCUUCCCCCACGACGAACAGCAGGCACUGCAGCUCAAACAGAUCCGAUAGACCCAGAGAAAUACGUUUGCUUUGACGCAAUCUCCUAUGUUUGGGGCCAGUCGACCUUCACAGACACCUUUUUCACCGCUCAAGGGUCCAUUCCGAUAACAGCAUCACUCGCUUCUAUUCUACGCCGACUUCGCGACGAAGAAAGGUCCCACCUUUACUGGGCUGAUGGUCUUUGCAUCAACCAGGUAGAUAUGGCGGAGAAAGAAGUCCAAGUGUCUCUCAUGGGCAUCAUUUACAGCUCUGCCAUAAGGGUUCUGUGCGAUAUUGGCGAACAAACAGAGAACUUCGCACUUAUACUCGACGCCAUAGAGCGCUAUUGGAAACAAAACAUCCGUCGUGGACUUGUGCUGGGUCAGGGGGACUCCAUGAUCCUCUCCGGAGAGUCAACUGCAAAGCUCUUGGAUAUCCCAUACCCAACAGAUGAGGAGGCAGAUGCCAUUGAAGGGGUUGAAGGAGACGAAUGGCCUGCGAGGUAUCGUCAACUCAUUUCUGCGCCAUGGUUUCACCGCCUUUGGGUCGUGCAAGAAUUUGUCCUUGGACGCGAUGCAGUCAUGAUCGUUGGGCGUCGAUACAUCCCUUGGGGACAGCUCUGGGCAGGUACUUUAUGGUAUAAAGGAGUUAAGUGGCCGUGGGAUCAAGCUGAGUUCACCAACGAGGACCUAGUGAGCCUCUUCACAUCAUAUAAUUCCAUGUGUAUAGUUCGUUUAUGUCGACUCAUUGAUCUCAACACGUCACAUGGCCGUGAGUUGAACGAGAUUGUCAAACUACUCAUGAGUGGAGUCGAUAUGAAUCAAGCAAACUUGCCAAUGAGUAUGGUGUUCUUUUCCUCCCACGGCUGCAGUGUGCCUCGGGACCGUUAUUUCGGUAUUCUCGGCAUGAUCGAUGAGAACGACAAGGAGAAAGCACUCAGUCUUCGGCCUGAUUAUACUUGUUCUAUGAGGGACAUAACAAUGCGAUUCUGGAAAUAUGCAUUGCAGACUGAUUCAGGGGGAGAUCUCCUGCUUUGCGCUGGUCUACCUGGUCGUGCUGAAGAAUACCCUACUUGGAUACGAGAUCUUUCUGCACCGAAACCAUUGAAGCAUGUCUGGAUAGCACGUCCCAUUAGUACUGCGUGGCAUGUAGCAGGGGGGCAAGCAAGCACGUGGUCUGUAGACUUCAGCAAGGAUGAUAGUGAUCAGUGUUUCGUCCAAGGGUAUCAUAUCGACAAUCUUACUGACAAGUCAUCUAAUGGAGCUCCUGGUCCUUUCAACUUUGUUGCCAUGACUCGUUGGAUUCAAGAAGCCUUCAGCUUCUUCAUUGGGCCUGAUACAUCGGCUGGUGACUUGGAUAGACUAUAUCCUCUAACUGCCGAUCUUGUCCACGAAGCGGCUCUGAAGGUGAUGAUGGAUCACAACAAACAAGACACCAUGAGCCCCGAUGACGAACAAUUUAAGGACAUGCUCCGUAUAGGACUAUCUCUGCCUACCGUAGCCUUCUCUCAAGAUACUGAGCAAAAAAUGGCGCGAGAAGAGCCGGCUGAAAGAAAAGCCACCGAGGAAGAGACCAUUAUGGCGAGGAUCAUUUCUGAAUUCCAAGAUGAAAUGCCCGCCUUGCAGGAGCUGUUCCAUCGAAUCUAUAAUGCAAGAGGAUUGGGUUUCCAUAAAACAGGGAGGGGCCUUUUUGCACUGAUACCAAAGAUCACCCGCCCUGGUGACUCUCUUUGGAUCUUGAAGGGAUGCAGAUUGCCUGUUGUAUUACGGCCAAGUGUAUCGCAUAACGAUUCAUAUGAGUUUGUUGGAGGUGGCUACGUGUAUGGGGUAAUGAACGGAGAGAUGCUGGAAAAGCCUGACUUUAGGUGGCAAGAAGUUUCCCUCAGAUGA